UGCCUGGCUUGCAACUAGCUAGCAGCUAGCUAGCUAUCCAUUCUCUAUUGGCUUAAAAACAAUUACACGCACUGACAAAUGAAGCAACAUAACGUUUUUGAAUUAGAGAAUGCUGAAACUAAAAAACGUAUCAUUGUAUAAAGACAGCCAAAACAUUAGCAACACACCACAGGUCUAGAGCUCUGACAUUCCCCAUGCAGGACACGAAACAACUACGGAAAGCGCAAAGGUUCAAACGUAGCAACGCAUUCUGGUGAAAGAUUGUGUUCUGUAAUCAUCCUUCCUAUGCUUAUCAUUAUUUGUGUCAACUAAUCUCACAGUCUCUUUUAUCAUCAGUGAGGGAUGUGUGAUGUUGAUGUGACAUUUCCAGGACUGUGUGUGUAACCUUUAAACCUGACACACAUCACAGCAGCUUUGAAGUGGCCUCCACAGUAACCACAAAGAGCAGAGGGGGAGACCAGAGGUUAAAAGGGAGGCCAGAUGCCACUGACAGAAAUUGGGAACUCGGUUGGACGUAGGCUCACAUAGACUAGUGUUAGAGUAUAACAGUAACUUUCCCAUUAUUAUUUCAAAUCUAAAUCCAUAUUUGGAGGUGGAACAGGUUGUGUGUUCGGCAGGUUUAACGGUUUCAACUCUCAACAAUUGAUUGCAAUUCCAUUAAUUUAUUUCUCACUUUGGAGUGGAAAGAGGUGGAGUUUCAGCUUGCUGUCUGGGACUAAAAGUGGGAGUCUCUCUGGAGGAGAGGAUGUCAGAGAGGGUGUGCAGCAAUAACAGUGUGAUGCAGGCACGGAGGACUGUGGAACAACUACGAGUGGAGGCAAGCAUGGAGAGGAUCAAGAUCUCCACAGCAGCUGCCCAGCUGGUGCAGUACUGUCAGGAGCACAGUCGCAGUGACCCCCUCCUCACCGGCAUCUCUGCCUCCUCCAACCCCUUCAAAGACAAGAAGACCUGUGUCCUGCUGUAGAAAGGCUGCCCCAGGUCACUGCUCUCUGGUGCUGCAUUCAACAGUGCUUCAUCAUCAUCAACAGUGAAACGUUUUGAUGCCAGGCUACUUCAACAUGUCCUACUUCAUCAUGCCAGACAAGACAUUAACGUGUUGGCUAAAGCAAAACCUGACUGGUUGGUACAGUAUUGGUCAUGUUGUAACUUCAGUCCAGAAUGUCUCAAUAACAAAGGAGAGCAAACUGUUUAUAUCUUCUUGACAUUACAGAUGUUACACUGGUAAACAAUGAAUUGAUUGAGUGUAAACAUUUUAUUCAUAACAAAAGAAAUCACACAUUGCAUAUUCACAAAUGCAUAUUUACAAAAUCUGAAUCAUUUGGGUAUUUCUAUGCAGUCAGAGGACUCUUGCAGCAGGUGAAGAAGGGUUGCAGAUAAGGAGUUGGCAUGGAGAUUGAUUGUUGCUAAGGACAGUGUGUGUAAUAAAAUAAAAAAAACUUGUAACAAAUCAUUAGUGAACAAUGCAGUACUAUUGGGUUUUGCACUCAAAAUGAGCCACUUGAGCGAGGUUGAUGCUGGGACGCUACAGAUUCAAAUCAAAGUUUAUUUUGUCACGUGUGUAACGGUACAGCGCUUUCCUCAACAGUGCAGAAUUAAAUAAAAACGUUAAGAGUUGGUAAAGUAGUUACCCUAAGAGAGAACUCAAAACAGUGGAAUUGACAAACAAGUGCUGUGGUACUGAGUAUAAGAACGCCACUACACACAUUAUGA